AUGGAGCACCAAGUUCAGUCUCGCAUCCAUGUCCUUGGGCUGGGGAGCAUCGGCACGUUUGCCGCUCAUGCACUUGCAGAAAUCCCGGAUCAUCCACCUGUCACGUUGUUACUGCACCGCGAGUCGUUGGUUGAUGCAUACUUUCAGAAUGGAAGUCAAAUUGCACUCAAGACCAGUGACGGAGAUACAGUGAGGCAUGGUGGUUAUGAUUUGGAAGUUCUGCGGGAUGGAGAGUGGUAUCAUGCGACGACCUCUGCAGCAGCCGGCUCGAUGGCCACCGAACCCAUUCAGCACCUCAUCAUCUCAGUCAAAGCAACGCAGACGGUCAGCGCACUUGAGCCCCUCCGCUCCCGAUUAACGCCCGCCUCGACCAUUCUCUUUCUUCAAAACGGCUGUGGCAUGAUCGACGAGGUCAAUACGUAUCUGUUCCCAGACGCGUCAGCACGCCCAAAUUACAUUACUGGCGUCAUUUCGCACGGAAUCUGUUUCAACCGGCCCUUCGAUAUUACGCAUACGGGCUUUUCGGCGACUUCGUUGGGCAUGGUGCCAGACCAGAACAAAGCCAUUGACGACCCAUCACGAUCACGACCGUUACUUCUUCGAAGCCUUCCGCUCGUUUCCCGCCUCAAUGCGACUGCCUAUGCCUAUCACGACGUCCUUCAAAUACAGCUCGAAAAAUUGGCCGUCAACGCGUUUUGCAACCCGCUCUGCGCCCUGCACGAUGCUAAGAACGGCUUCCUAUUCACCCUACCGGAGAUGCGGCGGAGGAUCCUUACCGAGAUCUCGCACGUAGCGUGUGCCCUCCCUGAGCUGAAAGAUGUGCCGGGCGUGGCGGAGCGUUUUGCCUUUACGCGGCUUGAGAACACUGUCAAUGCAAUUCUUGAGAAGACGAAAGAGUCGACAUGCUCGAUGGUAUGGGAUCUUAGGGCAGGACGGGAGACCGAGGUGCUCUUCAUCAACGGGUACUGGUCGCGCCGAGGGAGAGAGACGGGCGUACCCACGCCCGUCAAUGAUACGCUGGUCCGGCAGAUACUCGAAAGGCAAGCCCAACAGCAACUGUGA